AGGACAUACGAGUGAGAAAAGACCACCAGGACUAUCAACUUUGAAAGUGGCUCUGAGAGGUUCAAAGGGUUACGCAGGUCGUCCCUUAUUCUUCGAUCAACCUCCUUCGCUGUAUCGUUGAGGUCACUUCUCGCCAAACUCAACCAAACCUUACCCCUUGGGAUCCUUUCUUACGUCGACCAUGUACCACACCACGAAAUCAUUCACGAUGCGGUCGGCUCUUGCAGCCUCAGCCCUUCUCCUAUCCAUCAGUCUGCCUGUAACAUAUGCCUACACCGAGGAAUACAAUGGCUGUUACUCCGACUCGACGCCACUGAAAGAUCAGGGAACCUAUACAUAUCAGAGUGAUGGAUACUGUCAGAAGCUGUGUUUGAAGGACAACUACUCAGUCUUUGCCCUGCAUAACGGACAGGACUGUCUCUGCGGUAACCUGCUACCAGCCUCGUCAGCAAAGGUUGAUGACAGCAAGUGUAAUAUCGCAUGUGCCGGCUGGCCUUCUGUGGACUGUGGUGGCAGCAAUACUUAUUCGGUCUACCUUACUGGCAUUGAGAACGACGUCGACCAUUAUGCCGCAUCGAGCACAAGUACCUCCAGCAGCGACAGCGAAACGUCUACAACAUCCACCCAAGAAGCCCAUGUCGUCACCAGCUCUGGCACCACGCAAACCGUGUAUGCAACGUCCGGGACCGAUGCGAGCGCAUCUGCAACUGCCGAGGGUGCCACUGAAGCUUCACAGAAGAAGAGCUCAAGUGCCAACACUGCUGCCAUUGCAGCAGGCGUUGUCGUAGGUGUAGUAGGAGCCUGUGCUCUUGCUGGCGCCGGCUUCUUCCUGUGGCGCUUCAAGAACCGCAAGUCGCAAUACCGUCGUAGUGUUGGUGUGGACAACUAUGGCAACCCGAUGUCCCAGCACUCCAUGUCGGAUUCCCGUUUCGAUGGUGAUUUCAUGGCGCAGCGCCGUCAGAGCAAUGGCAGCAUCGAUGAUGACCAGGACUUCUCUCGUCGCAUUCUGCAGGUGACUAACCCCGAUCGACGCUAGAAGGGAUGCGAUCGCCAGCUUCCCAUGGACAGCGCCAUUUGUGGACCAACAUCCUAUCUGUGCAUGUCUUUUAACGAUAGAGCCAUGUCCUGCCAGAUACCUCUUCCUACCUUACACAACCAUCGCUUGU